AUGUUUAUUCGAUAUCUUCUUCCUCUCCUUUUCUCUGUCUACUGUAUCAAUGCUCAUGGUCAACAUUCACCAUCUUCGACUGAUGGUCCACAACACAUAUCUCGAAAAAUGGAAGACCACGUUCAUGAUAUGAACCAUAUGAAACAUGACCUCGAACACCAGAUCGACAAACCCAUUGAAAAAAUGACACCGGAAGAACAAAAUUUUUAUUAUUUCAAAUUACAUGAUGCCAACAACGAUAAUCGUUUAGAUGGUUUGGAAGUCAUUGCAGCAUUUGACCAUACUCAUGAAGAGAACAGCACACAGAAUGCCGCAACGAAUCCAAACAAUAAUACCCACAAUCCACGUUUACCUGACGAAGAAUUAACUAAUAUUAUUGAUGAUAUUCUGAAAGAAGAAGAUCUGAAUCGUGAUGGAUUUAUCAGUUACGAGGAAUUUAAAUAUUCGCUGGAACGUAACGCUGCAACGCAUGGCUAA